UGGAGGGCUCCAGCAGCCAAUCAGAUGUGAGCAGCGCUGAGCGCUUUUAAAGCCGCGUGCAGCUCGUCUGCAGCUGCAGUCAGUCAGCGCGCGGAGCUUUAGGUCCUGUUUCUGCCUGUCCUCCGGAGACAACUGUCCUCAUUUAUUUAUCAUCAGUUAUCUUCAGUUGUCCAGCAGGAACCAUGAGACUCAUCCAGAACAUGUCCACUAUAGCAGAGUCCACAGAAGCGGAGAUCCCGGACCAGAACCGGGUCAUUAAAAUAGCUGUGAUCGGAGGCAGCGGUGUGGGGAAAACAGCUCUGGUGGUGAGGUUUCUAACGAGGAGGUUCAUCGGAGACUAUGAGAGAAAUGCAGGUAAGCUGUACUCCAGAGAGAUCCAGGUGGACGGAGAACAGGUGACGGUUCAGGUUCAGGACACUCCUGGUGCAGAGAUGACAGAUAACGGGAUGAGCCUGCCGGACCACGUGAGCUGCUCCGUCCAGUGGGCCGACGCCGUGGUGUUGGUGUACUCGGUGACGGACCGAGGCAGCUUUGAUUUGAUCCGUCAGCUGCAUCAGCUGGUUGUCCGAGCCGGGGGGGCUGGCGUGCCCCCCGUCGUCCUCUUGGCCAACAAGGCGGACCUACUGCACCUGAGGCGCGURGACUCCCAGCAGGGCCCCCUGCUAGCCGGCUCCCUGGGCUGCUCCUCCUACGAGGUUUCUGCCAGCGAGGACUACAACCAGGUGCACGAGGCAUUCCACAGGCUGUGCUGCCAGCUGGCCAAGCAGCCCGGACCCCCCGUCACUCCUGCCGCUGAGAAAAAACGCUCGCCCCUCAUCCCCAGGCCCAAGUCUCCCAACAUGCAAGACCUGAAGAGGCGCUUCAAGCAGGUUCUGUCAGCUAAAGUCAGGACUGCCACCUUGGUGUGAGGACUGCUGCAGCUGAACGUGGUCCUGGUGGUCCUGCUGUAGGGACAGAGGACAUCCAUGCUCAUCAGUCAGACUGAAGGAUUAUCAGCGCUGCUAAAGCACUGGACAGAGGCGUUGACCUCCCAGUGGGCAGGGAUCCGUCAUGUCUGAGAACAUGUAAAGACAAGCCAGGAGGGCGGGGCUUCCUCUGCUCAGGAACAGAAGAGGUUUUUAUAGAUUCAUGACAAAAACACCUCCUCAUCCUGCAGCUAAAACACCUCCUCAUCCUGCAGCUCACAGCUCGGAAACUGAUUAUUUUACCUGUGUUCAAGCUUCACACUGCUGCUGUGUGUCUGCACAGGAUGUGUGUGUCUGCACCAGUGGUGGAGCCAGACAUUUUUCUCAGGGGUGGCCAGCCGGGCACCACUACUCACA